UUUUUUUAGCAGAUCAUGGUUGCUUUCUGGAAAAUUGGCAACAAUGCUAUUAAUUGACUGUGAGCAGAACGAGAAUAACUAUUUCUUAACUACAACAGGUAUGUUUAAGAGCAGGCAAUUAAUAAUUUCAUGUGAUCAGCUCAAUGGUGCUUUAUAUUGUAUAGACUCCAAAGUAAUACAUGUUGUGAUAUGCGAUUUAAAAUGUUGCAGUGCUGGAUUUCACAAUGCAGCUGAUGGAAACAGGAUUUGAGAAUGAUACUGUUCUUGCAUUAAUUGUCUUUUCUCUACAGUAUGUUCUUGGAAACCAUGAAUAUUGGAAAUACAAGGCGAAGCAUACUCGCUGGAGAAUAACAUUGAAGGUGCUUGAACUGAUUAAAAAAGGUAUCGCGUUGACAUCAUACGCAGGAAAGCUGGUUGGGGUCAUCUGGGACAUGUUACUUUCUGUUUCUUCAAUCCAUAGUGCUCUUUUUCGGAUUAUUCGCAUGACUUCACAAGCAUUGGAGGUCUGAAUGCUCUGAUUCUGUUUGGUCAGAAUUUGCUAUUUAAUUUUGUUUCUUCACUGAUUUGAGCAUUUUUCUUCCUAUAAUCUUUUUCUUCUUUUGUCUUGUUUUUUUCCAUUUAUCUUGCAGAAACUUCAUGUUAUGAUAAAUGGCAGUGUAAGUAACAUCUCAUUCAAUGGAAGUCUUAAAGGCAGUGCUAAUAUAACAAUAAAACUUUUUCUAUAAGCCCUGCUAAUUUAAAAUUGUAUUUGUCCUUUGUUUUUGCUAGUCUACUUAGUUUUGUUUCCUCAACUGAAAUAUAUGAGCUUUUUUGGGUAACUGAGUUGCUUUGCAGCAAAAAAUAUUUGUUUUGUUUCCUCUCUCUCUAUAUAUUCUAUAUAUGUAUAAAUAUGUUAUUGUAAAUUUUUAUUGU